AUGAGCUUGACUACCAAACAGCUUUUUGUAUGGCAUAUACAAUCUCGAACCAAUGAAAAUUUCUGCGUGGAUAAAGAAGACUGUCAGCAGUUUUCCUUCUGUAGCGACGACUAUUUCUUCAUGCGACAUGCGAUAGUGAAGAUUGCUCAAAUCUGCCAUGCUUUCUUGAUUGGAAUAGGUGCUAAUUUGUUGUGCCACGGGACAAGCUCAACGAAUAUCGUUUGCGGCUUCCGGCAGCGUUUGCCUCAAAACAGCGGUACAGUACGAUGCAUUAUACCAUCAUGAUUGAGCACGUUCCUCCUCGAUCCUACAGCAAGAUAGGGCGAUUGGCUGGUUCUCGUGGCAUGCCUGCCUGUUGAAAGCGACAAGAACCCAUGAACAAAUCUCUGAGAAGUGCGACAAUUGAGCUUAAUAUGAUUCAGUUUUUUACCAUCUUUUACUCUUUUUCGUGCUCUACACAUCAUAAUUUUUUCU